GCACUUGGGUUUUUUUUCUCCUCAAAUCCCUCUCUCCUUUCUUUCUCUCUCUACUUUCAACUCUCACUCCCAACAAUCACUCCAAUUCCCUCAUUCCUCCCUUCAGGAAUUGGGGUUUUUCCUCUGAUUGAUUGCACGAUCAAUUUCGAUUGAUCCACUCCCUCAAUCUCAAUCAAUCUCUUGUUCUCUGUGCGAUGUUCUGUCCGAGAUGAAGCUCAAGAGAAAGCGGGCACUUGAAGUGCCUCCGAAAAUUCGAUCUUUCAUUAAUUCUGUUACUUCAGUCCCAUUUGAGAAGAUAGAAGAACCUUUAAAAGGCUUCAUUUGGGAGUUUGAUAAGGGAGAUUUUCAUCACUGGGUUGAACUAUUUAACCAUUUUGAUUCAUUCUUUGAGAAGUACAUAAAACCCAGGAAGGAUCUACAGAUUGAUGAUGAAUUUUUGAACUCUGAUCCUCCCUUCCCUAGGGAAGCUGUUCUUCAAAUUCUUCGCGUCAUUAGAAUAAUUUUGGAUAAUUGCACAAAUAAGCACUUCUAUAGUUCUUAUGAGCAACAUCUUUCAGCGUUGCUUGCUUCUACUGACCCUGACGUGGUUGAGGCUAGCCUUGACACAUUGGCUGCAUUUUUGAAGAAAACAGUUGGAAAGUACUCAAUAAGAGAUGCUUCUUUUAAUUCAAAAUUGUAUUCUCUUGCGCAAGGAUGGGGUGGAAAAGAAGAGGGACUUGGAUUAAUUGCAUCAGCAACUCCUAAUGGCUGUGAUCCUGAUCCUACUACGUUGGAACUGGGUUGUACUCUUCAUUUUGAGUUUUAUGCAGUAAAUGAAUCAGAAAGAGACAUCAAGGGAGCUGAAGCCUCUGCCCAAGGGUUGCAAAUUAUUCAUUUAUCUAACAUCAACAAAUGUGCGGAAAAUGAUCUGGAGCUUUUGCACAAGUUAGUUACAGAGUAUAACGUACCUGCUAGUUUAAGAUUUUCUUUAUUGACAAGAUUGCGGUUUGCUCGUGCUUUUGGUUCUUUGCCUUCAAGACAGCAACAUACUUGCAUUCGCCUGUAUGCUUUUAUAGUUCUGAUUCAAGCAUGUGCUGAUGCUGAUGACUUAGUCUCAUUCUUCAAUGCUGAGCCUGGAUUUAUCAAUGAAUUAGUAUCAUUGCUGAGCUAUGAGGAUGCAGUUUUGGAGAAAAUUCGUAUUUUAUGUUUGCACUCAUUAGCUGCUCUUUGCCAAGAUCGUUCCCGCCAACCUUCAGUGUUGACUGCAGUUACAUCUGGUGGGCACCGUGGCAUUUUAUCUAGCCUGAUGCAAAAAGCCAUCGAUUCUGUUAUUAGUGAUACCCCACGAUGGUCAGUUCAUUUUGCAGAAGCUCUACUCUCUCUUAUCACUGUGCUGGUUUCGUCAUCAUCAGGGUGCUCUGCCAUGCGUGAAGCAGGAUUUAUUCCUACUCUACUACCUCUCCUGAAAGAUACAAAUCCGCAGCACUUGCAUCUGGUUGAAAAAGCUGUGCGCAUUUUAGAAGCAUUUAUGGAUUACAGUAAUCCAGCUGCUGCAUUAUUCAGAGACCUGGGUGGUUUAGAUGACACCAUCUCUCGCCUAAAGAUUGAGGUCUCCGUUGUAGAAAAUGGUGGAAAGCAUCUUGAUGAAACUUCUGUUUCUAGCGGAAGGAGUGCACAAAUGGUUGAAGAUUCUUCAACUGGGCAAGAUGCUACACAACACUUGUGUUCUCAACCCUUAAUUUCUUAUCACCGUCGAUUGCUGAUGAAGGCCUUGUUGCGUGCUAUAUCUUUGGGAACGUAUGCUCCUGGGAAUACUGCCCGUAUCUAUGGAUCUGAAGAGAAUGUUCUGCCUCAUUGUUUAUCUAUUAUUUUCAGAAGAGCAAAAGAUUUUGGUGGUGGAGUUUUCUCGCUUGCAGCAACUGUCAUGAGUGACUUGAUACAAAAGGACCCUACCUGUUUUCCGGUCUUGGAUGCUGCUGGUCUUCCAUCUGCCUUCUUGGAUGCUAUUAUGGAUGAUGUUCUCAAUUCUGCAGAAGCUAUUACAUGCAUUCCCCAAUGUUUGGAUGCUUUAUGCCUUAAUAGUAAUGGUCUCCAGGCUGUGAAAGAUAGGAAUUCAUUGAGGUGUUUCGUGAAGGUGUUCACUUCUAGAAUGUAUUUGCGUGCUCUUACAGGUGACACACCUGCAUCUUUGUCUAGUGGACUGGAUGAAUUAAUGCGACAUGCUUCUUCAUUACGUGGACCGGGAGUGGACAUGUUAAUUGAGAUUCUGGAAACCAUCUCAAAAGUUGGUUCUGGAGCAGAUUCCUCAUCUUGUCCUGAUCCUUCCACUUCAACCUCAGUUCCUAUGGAAAUGGAUAGUGAUGACAAGAAUUUGUUAUUGCCUGAUAGUAAGGACUCAACCAAGGUGGAAAGGACAGAGCACUUUAGUGAGCCAUCUCCUGAUGCAUCAAUAACGAAUAUCGAGUCAUUUCUUCCAGAUUGUGUAAAUAAUGUUGCUCGCUUACUCGAGACAGUUCUUCAGAAUGCUGAUACAUGUCGAAUAUUUGUUGAGAAAAAGGGGAUUGAAGCUGUUCUCCAGUUAUUUACCUUGCCUUUAAUGCCUCCUUCUGUUUCUGUUGGGCAAAGCAUAUCUGUUGCCUUCAAGAACUUCUCCCCCCAGCAUUAUGUUUCUCUUGCUCGGGCUGUGUGCUCCUUCUUGAGAGAGCAUUUGAAAUCGACUAAUGAACUUUUAGAUUUGGUGGGAGGAACUCAGCUAGCUCUAGUUGAAUCUGCAAAGCAGACAAAGGUGUUGAAAUAUCUUUCUAGCCUUGAAGGUGUCUUAUCUCUUUCCGUAUUUUUGUUGAAGGGAACAACUACAGUGGUCUCUGAGCUAAGCACUUCGGAUGCUGAUGUAUUGACAGAUAUUGGGAAAACUUAUAAAGAAAUAAUUUGGCAAAUAUCUUUGUGUAAUGAUUCCAAAGAAGAUGAAAAGAAGAAUACUGAUCCAGAACCUGAGAUAUCACAGGUGGCUUCAUCUGCUGCUGUUGAAAGAGAGAGUGAUGAUGAUGCAAAUAUUCAGACGCUGAGAUACACAAAUCCAGUUUUUGCUAGGAAUGGUUCACAUUCCCUGUGGAGUGGAGAUCGUGAUUUUCUUUCUGUAGUUCGUUCUGGAGACAGUUUGCAUCGUCGUAGUCGGCAUGGGUUAUCUCGUAUACGGGCAGGAAGGACUGGUCGUCACUUAGAAGCUCUAAAUAUCGAUUCUGAAGCAUCUUCGAGUGCACUUGAGGCACCUUCAUCCCAAGAUCUUAAAAAGAAAAGCCCUGAGGUUCUUGUUUUGGAGAUUCUUAAUAAGCUGGCUUCCACUUUGCGCUCUUUCUUCACUGCUCUUGUAAAAGGAUUCACUUCACCCAACCGGCGCAGAGCUGACUCAGGGUCGCUGACUUCAGCUUCAAAGACUCUUGGAGCAGUCCUAGCUAAGAAUUUUCAUGGGGCUCUUAGUUUUUCUGGGCACUCUACUUCUGCCGGACUUGAGACGUCACUUUCUGUAAAAUGUAGAUAUCUUGGGAAGGUCGUGGAUGAUAUGGCGGCACUAACAUUUGACAGCAGGCGCCGGAGUUGUUAUACUGCUAUGGUAAACAAUUUUUAUGUCCAUGAGACAUUCAAAGAGUUACUCACAACAUUCGAAGCUACUAGUCAGUUACUUUGGACACUUCCAUGUCCUUUCCCAUCAUCAGAUACUGACAUGGAAAAGAAAGGGGAAGGAACUAAACUGUCCCAUAACACAUGGCUGCUUGAUACAUUACAAAGCUACUGCCGCUUGCUUGAGUAUUUUGUAAACUCUUCUUUACUGUUAUCCCCAACAUCAGCAUCUCAGGCAGAGCUUCUUGUUCUUCAGCCAGUUACUCAAAACCUGUCAAUUGGGCUCUUUCCAGUUCCUAGAGACCCAGAAGCUUUUGUUAGAAUGCUGCAAUCUCAGGUUCUGGAUGUGAUCCUACCAGUGUGGAAUCAUCCCAUGUUCUCCAAUUGUAGUCCUGGAUUUAUUGCGUCUAUUAUUUCACUUGUUACCCAUAUAUAUUCUGGUGUUGGAGAAGUGAAGCGAAACCGUAGCAACAUUAUGGGAAGCACAAACCACCGGUUUAUUCCCCCACCACCUGAUGAGGCAACUAUUGCCACUAUUGUUGAGAUGGGUUUUUCAAGAGCAAGGGCUGAGGAAGCACUAAGAAGAGUUGAAACAAAUAGUGUUGAAAUGGCCAUGGAGUGGCUAUUUAGUCAUGCAGAUGAUCCUGUCCAGGAAGAUGAUGAACUUGCACGGGCACUUGCCCUUUCCCUUGGAAGUAGUUCUGAAACUGCUAAAGUUGACAGUGCAGAGAAGACUACAGAUGUGCUAACUGAAGAGGGGUGUGUAAAGAAACCACCAGUUGAUGAUAUACUUGCUGCAUCAAUGAAGUUGUUUCAGAGUAGUGAUUCAGUGGCAUUUCAGUUGACAGAUUUACUUGUAACACUUUGCAGUCAGAACAAAGGCGAAGACCGUCCAAAAGUAAUAUCUUAUCUUCUGCAGCAGCUAAAAAUUUGUCCAUUGGACUUCUCCAAGGAUAACUGUGCAUUGAGUGUGUUAGCACAUAUUAUAGCAUUGCUUCUUUUUGAGGAUGGAAAUACAAGGGAAAUUGCAGCUGAGAAUGGCAUUAUAUCUACCAUCAUAAAUAUCUUGUCAAACUUCAACAGCACACACUUGGCAGGGAAAGAGAUACUGGCCCCGAAGUGCAUCAGUGCUUUAUUGCUUAUAUUAGAACAGAUGCUGCAAUCGAGACCAAAAACUGAAAACACUGAAGGAACCAAAACUGGCUCCCUGCCUGAUUCAUCUGGUGACCAUGGUUCUCUGCAAAUUUCCGGUACAGCUGGGCAGAAGGAUAAUAACAUUAAUGUGAAUGAGAAAGAACCUGGCAUGGAUUUGGAGAAUAUACUGGGAAAAUCUACUGGCUUUGCAUCUAUUGAUGAGAGUCACAAGUUGCUGGAUAUAGCAUGUGACUUGAUAAAACUGCAUGUACCUGCUGUGGUUAUGCAGGCUGUUUUACAGUUAUGUGCUCGGUUAACCAAAACACAUGCUUUAGCUUUACAGUUCCUUGAAAAUGGAGGCCUGGCUGCACUUUUCAACCUUCCAAAGAAUUGCUUUUUUCCGGGGUAUGAUGCUGUUGUAUCUGCUAUAGUACGUCACCUCCUUGAAGAUCCACAAACAUUGCAAACAGCUAUGGAAUUGGAGAUACGUCAAACGCUUAGUGGAAAUCGUCAUUCGGGGCGUGUUUCUCCUCGAUCAUUUUUGACAUCAUUGGCACCUGUUAUCUCUAGGGAUCCCGUGGUUUUCAUGAAAGCUGCAGCUGCAGUUUGUCAGUUAGAGACAUCAGCAGGGAGGGCAGUAGUUGUAUUAUCAAAAGAAAAAGAAAAGGAAAAAUCAAAAGCAUCAGGUGUGGAGGUUGGUUUAUCUUCAAAUGAAUGUGUCCGAAUUCCUGAAAGCAAGUCUCAAGAUGGAUCUGGUAAAUGUUUGAAGAGCCACAAAAAGGUUCCUGUUAAUCUCACUCAAGUAAUUGAUCAGCUUCUUGAGAUUGUGCUUAAGUACCCGCCCUUGAAAGGACAGGAAGAAUCUGAGUGUGGUUCAACUCUCAUGGAUAUAGAUGAACCUACCUUGAAGGUGAAGGGUAAAUCAAAGGUUGAAGAGACAGGGAUGCUAGAAUCUGAUUCUGAAAAAUCUACAGGACUGGUGAAGGUGACUUUUGUGCUUAAGUUAUUGAGUGACAUUCUUUUAAUGUAUGGACAUGCAGUUGGUGUUAUACUGAGACGUGAUACUGAAAUGUGUCAAUUUCGUGGAUCCAAUCAGCCAGCUGGACAUUGUGGUAUUAUCCAUCAUGUUUUGCACCGUUUGUUACCCCUCUCUGUUGAAAAGUCUGCAGGACCUGAUGAUUGGAGAGGUAAAUUGUCUGAAAAAGCUUCAUGGUUCCUGGUAGUCCUGUGUGGGCGGUCUGGUGAAGGGCGCAAGCGAGUAACAAAUGAACUUGUUAAAGAGCUGACAUCUUUCUCAAAUCUGGAAAGCAAUUCAAUGAAAAGCACCUUAUUGCCUGAUAAAAGGCUUUUUACUUUAGUUGAUCUUGUAUAUUCUAUUUUGUCCAAAAAUUCAUCAUCCGGUAGCCUACCUGGUUCUGGAUAUUCACCUGAAAUCGCAAAAAGCAUGAUAGAUGGUGGGAUCAUUCAGUGUCUAACUAGCAUCCUGCAAGUGGUUGAUUUAGAUCAUCCUGAAGCACCAAAAAUUGUGAAUCUUAUACUGAAAGGUUUAGAAGGCCUUACUCGGGCUGCUAAUGCUAGUGAACAAAUCUUUAAAUCUGAUGAGAAUGAGAAGAGAAGAUCUACUAGUCUAAAUGACAGACCUGAUGAUCAAGUAACAGCUCCCUCUGCUCCUGUAGCAGGGACACAUGAUCAGAAUGUGAGCAAUCAAGAAGCACUGAGAGAUGGAAUGGAUAAUGCACAACAUCAUAAUGAAACUUCUCAAGGUGAUGAUCAUGCUGAGGAUAAUACAAAUCAUACCGAGGAACAAGAUAUGAGAAGAGAAGAAGAGGAGACAAUGGCUCAAAACCCAUCAAUGGAUCUUGGAAUGGAAUUUAUGCGUGAAGAGAUGGGUGAGGGCGGUGUCUUGCACAAUCCGGAACAAAUUGAGAUGACUUUUCAUGUCGAGAAUAGGGCAGAUGAUGAUAUGGGUGAUGAAGAUGAUGAUAUGGGAGAUGAGGGCGACGAUGAUGAGGAUGAUGAUGAGGGAGAGGAUGAAGAUGAGGACAUAGCUGAAGAUGGUGGGGGCAUGAUGUCCUUGGCGGAUACUGAUGUUGAGGAUCAUGAUGAUACUGGCUUGGGAGAUGAAUACAAUGAUGAGAUGAUUGAUGAAGAUGAUGAUGAUUUUCAUGAGAAUCGUGUAAUAGAAGUGAGGUGGAGGGAAGCUCUUGAUGGGUUGGAUCACUUGCAGAUACUUGGGCAACCUGGAACAACAGGUGGCCUUAUAGAUGUGACUGCUGAACCUUUCGAAGGGGUCAAUGUGGAUGAUCUGUUCCGGCUUCAAGGUUUUGAAAGGCGCCGGCAGACAGGUAGGUCUUCCUUUGAGAGAUCUGCUUCUGAAGUUAAUGGUUUUCAACAUCCUUUGCUUGUAAGGCCACCACCAUCUGGGGAUGUUCUCUCAAUGUGGUCAUCAGGUGGAAACUCUGCUUCCAGGGAUUCCGAAACUUUGUCAUCUGGCAACCUUGAUGUGGCCCACUUCUACAUGUUUGAUGCACCUAUUCUUCCAUAUGAUCAUGUGCCAAGUAGUCUCUUUGGAGAUCGUCUGGGUGGUGCAGCACCUCCUCCCCUGACUGAUUAUUCUGUGGGUAUGGGCUCAUUGCACCUUCCUGGAAGAAGAGUCCUAGGUAAUGGUAGGUGGACUGAUGAUGGUCAGCCACAAGGAGGUGCUCAAGCAGCUGCCAUUGCUCAAGCAGUGGAGGAACAAUUCUUAGCUCAAUUGAGCAAUGCAGCUCCAACAAGCAGUCCUGUUGAACGACAGUUACAGAAUUCUGGAGAGCAAGAGAAGCAAUCUGACACUCUUCAGUCACAUGAUGGUCCAAUUUUGGGUGCAGGGACUGGUUCUACUUGUCAGCGGAUUGAAGGUCAGGAACAAGAGAAUGUUAAUGGAACCACUGUUCAGCAAGACAACGUUGCAGUUGGCAGUAUUCCUUUUGUGGAAGAGAUAAAUGCAGACUCUGGUAUUCGAGAUAUCAGUGAAAACCUGCAAGAAAAUGAGCCUAUGUCAGUGCAGCCACUUUCACUGAACAUCAUGCCAACUGAUGUUGAGUGCGCAGAAGCUGGAGGAAGUGUCACUGCUGGUGAGUGUGCAACCACAGAUCGAGCUUUUGUUGACUCAUCUAUAAAUUGUAAUGCUGAUGUACAGUGCGAAAGGGGUGCUGACAUACCUGCUAUGGACAAUAAUGUGCCAGAUGUGCCCAUGGGCUGCAAUGGGUCAUCUGUUGAUGGGAAUCCUGCUAAUAUUGAUCUAGUGGGUUCUGAUUUGGAGACACCUAAUCCAGGUAAUUGUCAUCUAUCAUCAAUUGAUGCUAGUGAUGAUGUUAAUAUGGAUGGUGUUGAUGCUGAGGGAAAUCAACCAGAGCAGCCAACUGUUUCUGAACAGGGGGGCGAUCAACCUUUAUCAACGCAAAACCCAGAGGUUGCCCCUAAUGCCACCCAGGCAGAUCAAACUAGUGCCAAUAAUGAAGCUUCUGGUGCUAAUACGAUUGAUCCUACCUUUUUGGAGGCUCUUCCUGAAGAUCUUCGAGCAGAGGUUCUUGCUUCACAGCAAGCUCAAUCUGUACAACCCCCAGCUUAUGCACCACCUUCUGCUGAUGAUAUUGAUCCCGAGUUUCUAGCUGCUCUUCCUCCUGAUAUUCAAGCAGAAGUUUUGGCCCAACAAAGAGCUCAGAGAGUUGCCCAACAGGCUGAAGGACAGCCAGUUGAUAUGGAUAAUGCAUCUAUAAUUGCCACUUUUCCUGCUGAUUUGCGUGAAGAGGUUCUUUUAACUUCUUCCGAAGCAGUUUUGUCAGCACUGCCAUCUCCAUUGCUUGCUGAAGCUCAAAUAUUACGGGAUCGAGCAAUGAGCCAUUAUCAAGCUCGCAGCCUUUUUGGGGGCAGUCACAGGCUUAACAAUCGGAGAAAUGGGCUUGGAUUUGACCGGAGGCCUGUGAUGGAUAGGGGUGUUGGAGUUACUAUAGGGAGGAGAUCUGCUCUCACAGAUAACUUGAAGGUGAAGGAGAUUGAAGGUGAGCCAUUACUUGAUGCAAAUGCUUUGAAAGCUCUGAUCCGACUUCUGCGAUUGGCACAGCCCCUUGGAAAAGGUCUUCUGCAGAGGCUCUUGUUAAACUUAUGUGCACAUAGCAUUACAAGGGUGACUCUUAUUUAUCUUUUGCUGGAUAUGAUUAAGCCUGAAGCUGAAGGGUCUGUAUGUAGACCGGCAACAUCAAAUUCCCAGAGACUUUAUGGUUGUCACUCAAAUACAGUUUAUGGCCGAUCUCAAUUGUUGGAUGGUCUUCCUCCUCUUGUGUUCCGCCGAAUUCUUGAGAUUCUGACUUAUUUGGCUACCAAUCAUUCUGCUGUUGCAAAGAUGUUGUUUCACUUUGACCCAUCAGUUAUUCCAAAUUCUUCAAGUAUGGCUUCGAUGAAUGAGAAAGGGAAGGAGAAGGUUAUCGAAGGAGAGCCAUCGCCAAAGCCAUCUGGAGCUCAGGCUGUAGACGUUCCGCUAAUCCUCUUUUUGAAGCUGUUAAAUCGACCUCUGUUUUUACGCAGCGCUGCACAUCUUGAGCAGGUCAUGGGUCUGAUUCAAGUUGUAGUUGAUACUGCAGCAUCAAAAUUAGAAAGUCAAUCCGUCUCUGAAAAAGGAAUGGUAAACACCCAAACUUUGCCAGUCAAUGAAGCCGUGGAUAAUAUCGAGAAGGAUCCUUCCUCAGUUGAUUCAGACUCUAAUAAACAAGAUAAGAAAGAUGAUACAAAUCCAUCUCAUUCUCAUGGGAGGAAAAAUGUUGACAUGUACAAUAUCUUCUCGCAAUUGCCACAAGCUGAUUUACGGAAUUUGUGCAGCCUUCUUGGUCGUGAAGGGCUUUCGGAUAAAAUGUAUAUGCUUGCUGGUGAGGUGCUGAAGAAGUUGGCCUGCAUUGUUCCUUCCCAUCGAAACUUCUUCACUGUAGAGCUUUCGGAGUCGGCUCAUGCCUUGACAGGUUCAGCUGUCAGUGAGCUUGUUACCUUGCAGAAAACAAAUAUGCUCGGCUUGAGUGCUGGCUCCAUGGCUGGUGCUGCCAUUCUACGUGUGCUGCAAGCUCUGAGUUCACUCAUUUCAUAUAAUGGUACUGGUGAUAUAGAAACCGAGAAUGAUGCAGAUCGGCAUGAAGAUCUAGCAACUAUUUGGAACUUGAAUAGUGCACUUGAGCCAUUGUGGCAGGAACUUAGUAAUUGUAUUAGUGCAGCUGAGAUGCAACUUGGUCAGAGCUCCCUCUCCCCUACAAUGUCAAAUAUAAGUGUUGCUGAUAAUCUCCAAGGUUCCUCUACUUCACCACCUCUUCCUCCUGGAACACAGAGACUCUUGCCUUUCAUCGAAGCUUUCUUUGUUUUGUGUGAAAAGCUACAAGCUAAUGAAGCCAUCAUGCAGCAAGACCAUGACAAUGCUACUGCUAGGGAAGUCAAAGAGUCUACUGGUUCUUCUUCUUCAAUGAGUGUAAAAUUUGGUGGAGAUUCACAACGAAGGCUUGAUGGUACUGUUACAUUUACAAGGUUUGCCGAGAAGCAUCGUCGACUUGCAAAUGCUUUCGUUAGGCAGAAUCCUGGAUUGUUGGAGAAAUCACUUUCCAUGAUGCUCAAGGUACCAAGGCUUAUUGACUUUGAUAAUAAGCGAGCCUAUUUCCGCUCAAGAAUCAGGCAACAACAUGACCAACACCUGUCUGGGCCACUGCGUAUAAGCGUAAGAAGAGCUUACAUUUUGGAGGACUCGUAUAAUCAGUUAAGGAUGCGUCCUACUCAAGAUCUCAAGGGGAGAUUAAAUGUGCAAUUUCAAGGUGAAGAGGGUAUUGAUGCUGGUGGUCUCACUAGAGAAUGGUAUCAGUUACUGUCAAGGGUCAUAUUUGACAAGAAUGCUUUGCUUUUUACAACGGUGGGCAACAAUGCAACUUUCCAGCCAAACCCUAACUCUGUGUAUCAGACUGAACAUCUCUCGUACUUCAAGUUUGUUGGCCGAGUGGUGGGAAAGGCUUUGUUUGAUGGUCAACUGUUGGAUGUUUAUUUUACCCGAUCUUUCUAUAAGCAUAUACUGGGUGUCAAGGUGACAUACCAUGAUAUUGAAGCAGUUGAUCCUGAUUACUACAAGAAUUUGAAAUGGGUGUUGGAGAAUGAUGUGAACGAUGUUCUUGACCUGACAUUUAGCAUGGAUGCUGAUGAGGAGAAGCACAUACUUUAUGAGAAGAACGAGGUCACUGACUAUGAGCUUAAACCUGGAGGAAGGAACAUAAAGGUCACAGAAGAGACAAAGCACGAGUAUGUAGACCUUGUUGCUGAUCAUAUUCUGACAAAUGCAAUCCGUCCACAAAUAAAUUCUUUUCUAGAAGGUUUUACUGAACUAGUACCGAGAGAGCUUAUAUCCAUCUUUAAUGACAAAGAGCUUGAGCUGCUCAUCAGUGGUCUUCCAGAAAUUGAUUUGGAAGACUUGAAGGCCAAUACAGAAUAUACUGGCUAUACUGUGGCGUCAAAUGUCGUUCAAUGGUUUUGGGAGGUGGUCAAAACUUUUAACAAGGAAGACAUGGCAAGAUUUCUGCAAUUUGUGACUGGAACAUCAAAGGUUCCUUUGGAAGGUUUUAAGGCCUUGCAAGGCAUCUCUGGUCCUCAGAGGUUUCAGAUUCACAAGGCAUAUGGAGCUCCGGAUCGAUUGCCGUCGGCUCAUACAUGCUUCAAUCAACUAGACCUUCCUGAGUAUACCUCUAAAGAACAGCUUCAAGAACGGUUGUUACUAGCCAUUCAUGAGGCCAGUGAAGGCUUUGGUUUUGGUUGACUUCUAUCCUUCUCCCAUAUCUUUGCACAGCAGUUCUACCAUUAUGUCUUCAACCUGUCAUGUGGAGAUGAUGAUGAAUGUGACUCGGCUGGGCAGUUAUUUAUUUUUGUUGAGGACAGGCAGCAUCGAAUGAGGAAAUUUAUGAUGCUGUGUUCAAUUUAUUUUGGUGCUCCCUCAGUAGAAAUGGCUAGAAUAUUUAGUCUUCUCUUUUUCAAUCUCUGUAUAAUUCUGCCCGGGGUUAGUUUUGGGAUCUUAAAAUAUUGUUAUUGGAUGAUGGCCUUCACAAUGUACCAAUCUUUUGUAGUAAGCUCCAAUCGCUUUUUUGUAUGUGGCCAAACAGCCUUUCGGUAGUUCUAUAGUUCUUUCCUUUAAUAAGAUUUGAGGAUGUACAUAUUCUGGAACUGGAUUACAUUAUAAAAAUCUGGAUUACAUGAUCGAUAUA